GGCAUUUCACUGAGCGCGCUUUGUGAAUUGCCGUUAAUAUAUCGUGGGCUGUUGUUCAAGGCCCUUUACAUUUUGCUUGUCUCUAAUCCUGAAAGAACAUUAUUCGAAAGUCUGUUGCACUAAAAAUGAAUAGGAUACAUAGUAAUGGCAUCCAGUUUAUACACUGGAUUCAAAACUAUGAACGUCUGGAGCCUUUGUUUACAGUCGUUAGUCAUAUCGGUAGUCCUAAUACUGCCUACUCACUGACGUUUCCAACUGCUUAUUAUACUGAUCCAACAUUGGGGAUCACGACAAUCUUAUGUACGGCUUUAGCAGACUGGUUAAACGGAAUACUUAAGUGGAUGUUAUAUGGUCAUCGGCCAUAUUGGUGGCUUACACUGAAUCGAUCGCUGACCGACCUUGACCUAUCUGUAAAACAGUACCCACUAACAUGUGAAACUGGACCUGGAAGUCCAUCAGGCCAUUGUAUGGUAACUGUAGCAAGCCUAACACCAAUGAUAACUUACUUCUACCAUAAAUUAAAAAAUCGAAACCAUCAACGAUGUUUGAUAACACUAUCCUGUUUAGUUUUUGGGUUAAUUGCCCUUAGCCGCUGUUACUUGGCAGCACAUUUUCCUCAUCAAGUCAUUUUAGGACUAAUAUCUGGUAUCGCAGUUGGAUUAUUAUUUAGUUUACCUGGUAGUUUUCUCAGUUCAAAAAACGAAGUCAAAAUAAACUGGUUACAUGUACAAGCUGUUUAUCUCUUAACUCAUCCAAACAGACUAUUGUGGUUGGGCUUCUGUUCAUUCAUGUUUGCAUACGUUUUCAGCGUAUUCUUAGAGUAUGGUAUAAAAGUAGAUCCUAAUUGGAGUAUAAACUUAGCACAAUCAGCAUGUUUACGACCAGAAUGGAUUCACUUAUCAACAAGUCUUAUGAUGGGAUUUUCACGAAUUGCUGGGACUGCUACUGGCUUAUCUUUAGGUUUGCGUCUUAAACCAACACAUUCUAAACAAUCAGUAUUAGACACAAAUUCCCUACCGAUUAUUCUAUUCAGUUUAAUAAUUGUGGUUAUUAGUACAAGACUUAUGGAAUCAAUAUGUAACCAGAUAAUCAGUCUUUCUACAAUUAAUAUUAGUGAUGAAGUGAUGAAAAGUCAUUUUAAUAUGUUACAUUUAUUUAAUUCAUUUUUACAAGGCACUAUUUGUCCAUUCAUUACGGUUUUUAUUGUGCCAACAUGUAUGAAUUUAUUUCAUCGUAAGUAUAACUAAUUCGAUAAUUAAAGGUGAAUUUUAUGCUAUUACAAAGCUACCUUUAUUAAUAAACAUUUUAUUCCGAAUAUACUCUCAAAAUCAGAAAGGUGUUAUUUGAAGAAAGUUUUUUCUUUAAAAAUAAAAAAACUCAAUAUUUGCUAUUUUGUAUUACUUCAAAGAAAACAUUUCAACAGUUGUUAUAUUAUUAAAUUCAUCCUGUUUAGUUUACACUUCCAGAAUAAUUAAUUUAUGUUGACGAA